UUCGAACAGCAGAUCGUCUGUUGGUGGAUUUGGCGAACAAGCAUCGGCAUCGAGAGGUUUCUCCGGAAUAAAGAUCUUUCGAGGAAGCUUCGAACACAACCCUUCGCGAAUACGUGACGUUCGUGAGUUGAAAGAUAAUUGUUCCGCUUUAAGCGAAAAUCAUCAUUUUAGUGAUAUUGUUUUUUAUAAUAGUGUCAAAAAAUUGAUAGACAGUUGCAGUGGUAGUGACAGUGGGAUCCGUGAUAGUUCGAUUGAUAUUGGAGCUGUUGAUGAGUUUUAGUGAUUUGUUAGGAUGAGAAUAAGACGGUCAUGUUGGGUGUUGCUGACAGUCGUGCUACUGUCCCCGAUCUAUGCCGAGAAAAAUGCUGACAAUAUCGACAUCAAGGAUGACGAGAAAGCUCAGGAGAAGAUAUCGACGAUACUGAAGCUGGUCGACGAGAACGGCAAAAACAGAACAAGCAAAGUACGAGAAGUAGUGGCAUCCGCGAUGAAGAUACCAGAAAAGCGCGAACAAAUUGGCGAAGUAAUACCGAUAAUGCGUAGCAUGUCUUCGCCGCAAAAAUUGGCAAUGGCGACGAUAAUUUCCACGAAAAUAUCCAAUAACGACACGAGGUUUCCGCCACUCGAGGAGGCACGAUCCCUCCUAGGCGAUGGAAAUCGACGAGAAAACGCGAGCAGAGAACUGAUGCUACCGAUCAGCAUGGAUAUAGCGAAGAUCAUAUCCGACGAUUCGGAUUCUGACGAGAGCAACGAGGAGGAAGAGGACGAGAUGCCCGAAGCUUUACCGGAGGCUCAAGAAUUGCGCUUAAUAAGACCGCAAGAGCGACGACGACCCGUGUACAUUACACCAUUGCGGCCAGCGAGACCGAACAGAAGGAACGUUUACGCAGGUCAACCAAGGCCGCCCAUCAUACGGCCGUCUAAACGUCCGAACGAUCCGAAGAGAAGGCCCACGGAAAACGAAUGCACUUUCUUCACGAAGACGGUGUGUCUCGAGGCGAACGAUUAUCCGCACGAGGCGAUUAUGAGGAGUUUGAGAUCUAAUAAAGAAAUGGUAGCGGCAUUGUUGACCGACUAUAAGGCGCAAGAAUACGGAAGCGCGGAGGAAAAAUUACCGAGUCCUUUAUCUUUGGAGAAUAAAUACGAGAAUAGAUACGAGAGCAAUGAGAUUAAAAGAAGAUCCGACAAUCCCUUUGACAACGUGGAGGAGGGUUUCACCUGCCCGUCGACUGUCAAAUAUGCUCGCCCCCAAUUGGCGAGAGCUGCUUCCGGAGUCUGGAAGUAUAUAAUAAAUACAGGCGAACACACCCAGACGAUACGACUGGAAAAGUGCUCUAAUCCACAUUCGAGUUGCUCGUUCAUCUCCGAAAACUACCGGUCUUCCUGCGUACAAAUUUACAACUAUCACAGAUUAUUGACUUGGGAUCAGAAAUUAGGAUUGCACAUGGAUAUAUUCAAAGUUCCGACUUGCUGCAGCUGCCACGUACACGGCUACUCUGAGAUCUUUCCGCCGCAUCAGACGGAUCCUCCAACAAACACCAAGGAGAUGUUCCCGGGUGCGGACUUCGUGACGGUUAACGAUCCCAAGGACGAUUUUCAGAACAAUCUUAAUCACAUCACUAAAUAUACUUCCACCUCUAAUUACGACUCCAAUCACGUCUCCAGCAAUAAGAAGCCGGUGCUAGAGGUGAGCGUGACGAGCAGACCCACCUUCACUAUUCCGAACAGAAACAGAUCGAAAAAACCAGCGUCGAUCCCGAGGCCAUACGAUAAAUUACCGCAGCAGCACGCGCCCAACACGCGAGCACCGGGUUACAAAGGUCCGCUGACUAAGAUCAGACCCAAUCGACCCAAUAGGCCGCCUUUCAGGCGAGAGUCCACCUCUCACGAAGAUUACACGGAAUCUUCCCGUAACAGUUCGGCUAUCAACCGAUACAGUCAACCGUACGAUCAGGACGUAGAUGCCACGUCGAGGUUGCAGAACGGAGGCUUCGACGAAGAAUAUCACGAGCCGCAUAGGAGAAUCAAUUAUAAUUAUCACCCUAUCAUAGACUUUUUUAAGCCGGAAGCUUCCAUGCUGCAAUCCGCGGAGCCGCAACUCACCGUCCAGCCAGCGACAAUUCAUAGCGACAAUAGCGCGUGGAAGCCGAUGAUAUCUUAGAUCCUAGCGUUCUUCCUUCGGAGUACCUGACAUCCUACUUUAAUGAAGAUUCCAAAUCACGUAUUUCGCGACGUUCGUGUUUCUUACGUUAAUCUCUACGCGAUCGUGAGAGAGUAUUAUUUGUUAGAGGAAUAUAUUAUGCUCUCUGAAAUAUGGGAUAUCCAUAGGUAUAACUAUUGUAUGUACCUUUGAGAUUAUUCUGAAUUUAGAAAAUUUAAAUCAAUAAGAGAAAUAUAAAAAAGUUUGAAACACAGUUAGAUAAAUAUUUAAAGUAUAAAAUGUCGCGUAAAAAAUUUUGACUAUAAACAGACUUUAUUUUAUAGGGUACUUAGUAUACAAAUUUAAAUAGAUAUUGUAUCUUUAAUUAGUUUCUUUUUAUCGUUAAAUCGUUUAAUAGGCAAUGAUAAAUUUUUACGACGUAUCUUCGCGAACGAUUCCUUAUAUAGUAAGAAAAAAAAAAAGAAUUAGAGUAAAGGACGUGUUAUGUUCGUAAAUUUUUGAUUGGUGGAAUAUAAUGGCCACAAUGGUCAGAUGCAAUGAAAAAAAUUUUUUUUCCUUGAACAAAUUCGUUUCGACCUGAUAUUUAUUAGUCGUUAUUUCUACGAAUUAUUUAUAAAUUAUAUUUAAGGUUUAUGAUGUUCGUUUUUUUUUUUAUAUCACCAAUA